GGUUGGCGUCAGCCGCCACAAACAGGAAGAAAACAUCCAUCCAGCUGUUAGCGAAGCGUCCCGAGCUGCGGCUAGCGACACAGUAAUGAAACGGCGCUGAGAGUCGGGAAAUAAUCCGGUGCGUUGCCAUGCUGUGUCCGGAGUAGUGACCGCAUCGACGGGUACACGCGGAGCCGAAUUCCGAUCGACUUUCUUCCGGUCCGAGUGUUGAUACGAGACACCUCAAGAUAAAAAGGAAAAGGUUCAGCCGGGCUGAUGUGUCGAGAACGAACUAGGAGACCUCCCAAGGUGUGAAUGAGUGACGUGGUGCCUCCCACAGCUCUCAGUGAAGUCCAGCUCCGCUUCCUCUGCCAGGAUGACAUAGAGAACGUCAAGCUGCUCUGCGGCGAUUGGUUCCCAAUCGAGUACCCAGACUCAUGGUAUCAAGACAUCACCUCCAACAAGAAGUUCUUCUCCCUCGCCGCCACCUUCAGGGGAGGCAUCGUGGGAAUGAUUGUGGCCGAGAUCAAAGGCCGGACCAAAGUACACAAAGAGGAUGGAGACAUCCUGGCCUCCAGUUUUCCUGUGGACACACAGGUAGCAUACAUCCUGAGCCUGGGAGUGGUCAAGGAGUUCAGGAAACACGGCAUAGGCUCCCUACUGCUGGACAGUUUGAAGGAGCACAUCUCCACCACGGCCCAGGACCACUGCAAGGCCAUCUACCUGCACGUCCUCACCACCAACAACACUGCCAUCCACUUCUACGAGAACAGGGACUUCAGGCAGCACCACUACCUGCCCUACUACUACUCCAUCCGGGGCGUCCUCAAGGACGGGUUCACCUACGUGCUCUACAUCAACGGGGGUCACCCGCCCUGGACGAUAUUUGACUACAUCCAGCACAUCGGUUCCACCCUGGCCAGCCUGAGCCCCUGCUCCAUCCCCCAGAGGCUGUACCGCCAGGCCCAGUCGCUGCUGCGCUCCCUGCUCCCCUGGUCCAACAUCGCCUCCAAGACCGGCAUCCAGUACAGCAGAACCAUGUGACGCCAGGCGGCGCGCACCCGUUCCACUUUUCCACGGCCUGUGUCAGACACGGGACUGAAUGUCACCCUCACUUAAAACGUUAAGGUGCACGGCACCGUUCACGCGAGAUUUCGGUUUUACAGGGUUCUUCAGGACGUCCGUGGUUUGACUGAAAGGAGGCGGUGUGAUCUGGUUUAGUUUUUUUUUUAUAUAGAGUCCCAUAAAUAAAUAAAUAAAUAAAUAUAUAUAUAUAUAUAUAUAUGUCACACCAUGUAAUAGCUACUCCACGUGUUACCUGUGUUUUCCCAGUCAUAUCAAAUCCGAACAGUGUUCAGAUACGAAACAAACUGGAGGAGACGGUGAAAAGGGUCGUAACACACAAACACACUGGGAACCGACUCAAGAGACUAAACGUUGCCUCUCUUUACCCCCCACCCCCCCAAUCCUGUCCACCACUGUCAGAGACUAUGUACACUGUUUGUAUAUUAUAUAUACCAAGCUAAUAUAUAUAAAUUUCUCUCAAUAUGUGCGUCUAUUCUAUGCUGUUUCGUAGUUGGGACGUCCCCCCCCCGUCUCUGGAGCUGAAUCCGGGGUCGGUUUGUAAAAUAGAAACGGUUUGAACGGCCCCUGAAUGUCGCUAGGAGUUAGGAAGGUAGCCGGGUAGAGCGGAGGUGAUAACACACAGGGAACCAAUGCAGUGACGCUACGGGCGUGCAAGGUUGUGAAUAAGUGCUAGCUACCUCGUGUUAACGUCCGUUGCGGGUAAUCGGAUCGCAAGGUGACCGAACGUCUUUGGGUGCGUUCACAUCCGGUUUCACCAAGAGUCUCCAGAUUUGAAAUAAACGGAUCUCUACCUACUGCUGUUUCAGAACCAAGAACAUGUUUGUGAACUACGCUUACCGUAAUCCCUGUAAUAAAGAGACUCUUGAUUGUGUUUAUGCACUGAUACACACCAAUAGUUAACGAAUGUUUAUAUAUUAUCUAAUGACACAAUCACACUCAUAUUUAGUCAGUUAACAGCUGCAAUAUUUUAAGGCGGUUUUUCCUUUUUAAUAAUCAUUACUUGUGUUUUUUUCCUGAACGAAUGAGGCAAAACUCAGCUAAACAAGUUCACCCGUGUCUAGGACUCGUUGUGCGUUCACACAGGUGCCCAAAACCACCUCCACGUGUGGUCAGAUAUCAUAUAUUUGGUCACUUGCGAUCAAAUUCCCCCCCAAAGCACGGAUCUUAAUACGAGGUCUAAGCUUUCGUUGUUGAGGUCCAACCACUGCUUUCAAAGUCUAAAGGUCUUAACAAAAGUGUGUCAUUUGCUGAAGAGAGUUGCUUGGCUCCUUAUUUUAAGAGGUUUUAAAUGCGUCUGUUCGUCUGCGGCGUUUCGCGGCUGUAAUGUCGCUGCUCAUGUUGUUUGUUCACACUUAAAACACGGCCUGUAGAAGAGAUGCGAAGAUGAAAAAGAAGUUCCCGACCAUCAUCCACCAUGUGUGCCUGCACCCAGGCAGGUGUGUGUGUGUGUGUGUGUGUGUCUGUGUUAGUGUUUAUAUAUAAUCACACAGGGUCUGAAAUUAGCACCUAGUAAGUGCCAAACGUUGGUGAGAUCCGUCUGUGGUGGAAGACGAAGAAGAAGAGACGUCCACGUUGAGCAGCGAUGUAGUUUGAGUUUUAUUGAAUUUUUUUGUCAUCUGUUGGAUUUUAUAAAAUUUAGAAACAUUCAAAAGAGCGAGAUGUUUCUAACUCCCCCUCCUCCUGGAGAAAAAAUUACAGAUAUUAUUAUAUUAUGCAAUAAAUUGUUUUAAUUUGGGAGAUUGUACCGACUGCCCCCUGCUGUAAGACUCUUUUGCGUUGUGUUAACAUUUUCACUGUGAUUGUCAUAUUUGGUUGUCAUAAACCUGAGCCUUGUUUUCAUUCCCAAUAAGCCAUGCUCUCAACAGUUUGUGACUCAGUGUUUCACUUCUAUACAUUUUUUUGUCGAGAAAUUGAGAGACAUUAAAAAAAAAAGUCAAAAAUCGAA